CGCAAUAAACAUACAAACAAGCGUCCAACUUCAAAAUGGUCGGCCAAACAUCCCUAUAUUUUCCCCCCUCCUCCAAUACCCACACCGGCACUCCCUCUAUGCUGCUACCAUAUACGCUACAACCACGCCAGCAGCCACGACUAUCCAGUCUUCUUCUGCUCGUUUCCAAAGCCCGCCCACACUCUUUCUUCCGCAGGGGAGGAACGACGAACGAGUAAGCAUGGCGUUGUGUAUCUCUAUUCCUUCCUUCUUGGAUUCUGUUACUGCUUCUUCGCUAUCUCGCACGUAUUUUAGCCUCAGACGGCGGCCUUCCAAUUCCGUCCAUUUUCUUAACUUGAGCCUUCCCACCUGGCCACUAUGUAUUUGCCGAGCUUCCAAUUCUCAACCUGGACCGUCGCCCAAACAGUCUGCCUCCACCGCUUCUAAGAAGAGGAAGAAAAAGGGUAAGGGAGAUACCAAGGUUUUCAACCAUAGAGACAUUGAAGUUGGGGACGAUUUUAGUGUCGAUGAGGCUGGACCCUCGAGCUCUACUUCCAAUUCCAGUUAUUUGUCGUACCACCCGACGACUUUGCCGAAACCGCCAGCUGGGUUUGUGUUAGAUGACCAUGGAAAGGUCCUCAUGGCUUCAAACAAGCGAAUUGCUACCAUGCUCGAUCCUUUAAAUAACUUGCCUUUAGAAUGCGUUAUAAGAAGAAUUUUUAGAAGUUCAAAAGGGGAUGAGUGCAUGCUGCUUUGCCCUGUGGACACGCCUGUUCAAAUAUUGAAGAGCAAGAAUAUUGACGGAUGGUCAGCUGUGAGUGAUGAUGAAGUUGAAACUAUUCUCCCUGCUGCUGCUUAUGCUCUUGCCAAAAUACACAUGCAUUUGGUACACAGCGGAUUUUGCUAUACAGCGAGGGGAGGAUUUUGCUAUUCAGAAGAGGACAUCUUUGAUUUCUGCACAGAUGAUGGACAAGAUGUAGAUGUAGAUGGCUUGCCUAAUGAGGGUGUAGAGAUCACUUGCUUUGAUAUGGAUGGAGCACAUUACAUGAUUUAUACGCCAUCUGAUCCGCUUCUUUUUGUUGCUACGAAGGACAAGCUUGGCCAACUAACAAUUGCUGAUGAUGAGCUAUUGGAGGACCCAGCAACUAUCAGUGCCAUAGACGAAGAGACUGAAUUUAACGCACUGGUGGAAGAGGAGGCUGCUCUUCUUGAAUCAGUUUUAGGGAAAGAAUAACCAACCCACCACAGCUUCAACUGGAGAACACUACGUAUAGGUACGUAGCAUUUGUAAUAAUAAACACUAAAUUGGGCUCAAACCUGCCUGCUCAUUUGAGUUUCAUAUUUUAGUACGAAAAAUGAUCAA